CGUGACAAGCUUCGUGAGUCUGUAGCUGUAAGAUGCAGAGGCUUCUCCAUCUGAUCGGAAGCGCGGCGGCGGCGCUGGCGCUGCUGGCGACGACGGAUUCCGUCUCCGCUGCGGACCCGCGAUGCUUCUCCGACGACUUCCUCUUCGGGUCGGCCACCGCCGCCUACCAAGUCGAAGGAGCGGUGAAGGAAGGAGGCCGCACGCCGAGCAUCUGGGACCAGUUCUGCCGCGAGCGUCCGGGCGUGAAAUGCGCCAACGUGGCCGACGACUUCUACCACCGCUACAAGGACGACAUCCAGCUCAUGGUCAAGACGGGGCUGCAGUCCUUCCGCUUCUCCAUCUCGUGGUCGCGCGUCAUGAACUGGGACUCGGCGCUGUACGGCAUGCGGCCCAACCCGGAGGGCAUCGCGUUCUACCACUCGCUCAUCGACGAGCUGAACGCCAACGGCAUCCAGCCCAUUCUGACGCUGUAUCACUGGGACCUGCCGCUGGAGCUGCACACAGAGCUGUCUCCCCAAGGCUGGCUCAACUCGGACAUCGUCCAACACUUCGCCGAGUUCGCCACCCUCAUGUUCCACGAGUACGGGAGCAAGGUGAACCUCUGGACGACGUUCAACGAGCCGCUGUCCUUCACGACAGCCGGAUACGCCACCGGCAGGGAGGCGCCCGGCUUCACCGGCUCGCCGACUCAAGUGUACACGGCCACACACAACGUGCUGCUGUCCCAUGCCCAGGCGGUCCAGCAGUUCCGAGAGCUCAAAGACACUGAAGUCAUCAACGACAAGGCUCGCAUCGCCAUCGUGCUCAACGCGGACUACGCGUAUCCUCUCGAUGAGUCGAACGCUGCCGACGUUGAGGCCGCCUCGCGCAAGAUGGAGUUCGACGUGGGCUGGUUCCUCUCGCCGAUCGUCUCGGGCGACUACCCGCCGGUUAUGCGCGAGGUUGUGGGCGAUCGACUGCCCCGCUUCACACCGGAAGAGUCCGAGCUCUUGACGGGAUCGUACGAUCUCUUCAUGCUCAACCAUUACUCGACUCGCGCCGCUACUUUCUGUGGCUCGAGUGCUUCCAAGACGGAGUGCGAUAAGCUUGCGGUGGGCUGGCAGCGCGACCGCGGGGUUGACAUCUCCCAGACCGUCCCAGGUACCAGAGAGCGCAGUCAAAAGGCUCUGAAAGACUCGCACUGUGCGUCCUUCACUGCCUACCCGCCUGGCUACCUCGAGACCAUCAAGUGGCUCCACAAGCACGACACCUCCGCCGACAUCCUGCUCACCGAGAACGGAUGGUGCGGAGACGACGAGAUCGACAACCAGGACCAGCUUUGGUACUUCCAAGCCUACCUGGACCAAGUGCACAAGGCCAUCACGGAGGAACACAUCCCCGUCAUCGGCUACACGGCCUGGUCCUUCCUCGACAACUACGAGUGGGGGUCUUACGAGUCGCGCUUCGGCCUCUACUACGUCAAUUACACGUCCGAGUCGGGCUCACCCGACUUCUACGAGCCCAAGCCGACCGACCUCGCUCGGAUCCCGCGUCCGUCGGCCAAGUGGUUCCAGAAGGUGGCGUCGACCAAGUGUCUGGGAGUGGAGAAGGAGGCUGCUGCGACCACUGCGACGACACCCGAGAGUACCGGUCACAGUCGCCAUGUGUGGCGUUGGCUGUUCGGCAUCGUGGCGUUCGCUGCUGCGGCCUUCGUGGCGGUGGUUGUGCUGGUCUUCCUCUUCGGUCGCCGCCUCUGGCGCCACUUCCGUGGCCACGAUGAAGGCUCGGCCAACGAAGCAACUCGCUUGCUGUAGGCUUCAGUACUUCUGCAACUAUGAACGGUCUCCCACGAUGUUAACUUUGUCGAGUUUUCCUAACCAGUUAAUCCAUGCAUUGCAUUGCAUGGAGUCUGUCAACGG